GCAAACGAUGAACAGACACAGAGAGAGAGAGAGAGAGAGUACAGAGGGAUAUAUUGACUCAAAGCUGGUGUGCAUGUUCCUCAGUGUGUGAGAGACAGAGGACGUGAGAGCAGGCAAGAUGGAGUGCUGGCACAGAUGAAGACUGUCCCUGGUCCCGUUCGACAGUCCACAUGAGCGUCUCCAAACCCCCGCCACCUCCCUCCACCUCUCACCUGGCCAUUCCCCCUUCCUCCGCCUCCGCCCCUUCACCGUCCGCCUCCUCCCCCUCUGCGACGCCCCACUCCGCCGGCCCGCCCCCUCCCUCGCCGGUCAAGAUCUCUAUGCAGGAGCACUUUGCCAUCAAUGUGUGCCCAGGCCCCAUCCUCCCCAUCCCGCAGAUCUCAGACUUCUUCCCCCGCUUCCACGACUACCCCUGCACGCCGCCGCCCCCGAGGGAGAAGAAGAUCCUGAAAGAGGAGACUUUCAACGGGGAGACGGGCGGGGGAUACAAGGAUGGGGAGAGGAGGGGGGACAACGAUGGAGACAGGGAGGAGGUGUUUGACUCUGAUGAUGAUGACACCUACCUGGGAACGCUGGAGUUCAGUCUGCUCUUUGAUCAGGAGAACAACUGCCUUCAUUGUACUAUUCACAAGGCAAAGGGACUGAAAGCCAUGGACUCCAAUGGGCUGGCUGAUCCAUACGUCAAGCUUCAUCUUCUCCCCGGGGCUAGCAAGGCAAACAAGCUACGCACAAAGACCCUGAAGAAUACGCUGAACCCGGUGUGGAAUGAAACGCUGGUGUACCAUGGCAUCACAGCAGCUGACAUGACCACCAAAACGCUCAGGCUGUGUGUGUGUGACAUGGACAGGCUCGGACGAAAUGAAUUCAUCGGAGAGGUGAGAGUGGCUCUAAAGAAGCUGAAAGAGGGCGAGAGCAAGCGCUACAAUAUGGGCCUGGAGAGAAUUGCACAGAAUAAAGAAACUAACAAUCAAACAGUGGAGCAGGGAGCACUUGUGGCAGAGGAGGAGCGUGGCCGCAUCCUGGUGUCACUGUGCUAUAACACAGAGAAAGGCUGCCUGCUGGUUGGUAUCAUACGCUGUGCCCAUCUGGCUGCCAUGGACUCCAACGGCUACUCUGACCCCUUUGUCAAAAUCAUCUUGCAGCCAGAUAUGGGGAAAAAGUCCAAGUACAAGACCUCAGUUAAGAAAAAGACUCUCAACCCUGAAUUCAAUGAGGAGUUUUCAUAUGAAGUACCCUUGGACCAGCUGGCAAAGAAAACCCUGGAGAUCUCUGUGUGGGACUACGACUUGGGAAUGAGCAACGACUUCAUAGGUGGAGUGGAACUGGGUAUCAAUGCGAGUGGACAGAGACUCAAACACUGGUUCGAGUGUCUCAAAAACAAAGGGAAGAAAGUGGAGUACUGGCAUACGCUCACACAGCAAGGAGCCCCGAGCAGUGACAAACCGGACUAGAUUACACAAGACAUUCAUGCAUACAUACACAUGUACACACACACAUACACACAUGCUGGUCUUUCUAUGGUUGUGGAGACACAGUACAUUCCCUAGCCCCUUACCCUAACUUUAACUAUCACAAAAAAAUAUCUAACCCUUACCCUAACGCUAACCUAAACCUCAUUCUAACCUCAAACCUAAACCUCAUUCUAACCUCAAACCUAAAACCAUCAGACAACCCUUUGAAGUUGUGAGGACCGGCCAAAAUGUCCUUACAAUGCCAAAAUGUCCUCACAAUGAGGGUCUCAAACCACAAAACCAUAGAAAGAUAUGUACACACAACCACACAAAGACAUGUACAUGCACACAACCACACACACACACACACUUGUCUCACUGAGCGAUAGUUGGAAACAGAGACCAAGUCAAGCAGUAAUAAGAGCAAAGGAUAAAACAUGCAAUAAUAAUAAUGUUGAAAAUGAAAUCCGUCAUAUAAUGCCAAUAAUUACAGCACCAAGUAUUAGUAUACAAUAUACAUACUAAUAUUAGUGAUGGUAAUGAGGUGUAAUCUGAAUACAUUUUUUAAAGGUGAACCAAAUUGUGACAAUGUCCUCAUUAAAGUGUUGACGUAACAAAACAAUACUCACACAAUUGUGCUUUAGACCUUACUGUAUUGUGGAAGUUGCUCAUAUACUGUCAUUCGAAUUUACACCUAAUGAAGAGAUUUGAGACUAAUGUACUCAAAAUUCAUUCAGUGAAAAGGGGCCAACAGUAUGUGCACCCUAGUGAUUCAUAAUGUGGUAUAUAGUUACAGGAGCGGGGAUAUUAUGAAAGGGUGAUUCUGUUCUGAGAAGUCUCUAUUUUAGUGGUUGUUGAUCUGAUGCAAAACAACACACCGUAUUAUAAAGCACAAAAUGAUCCAUUUGGUGGAUUUGUACCUUUACUGUUUGAGUGUUCUUGUUCUUAUGUCUUUUCAUUGACUUUCAGUGACAGUGGCUCUCUAUACACCUUCAUAUCAGACAUUGACAUGUCAGCAUUAGUGUGUGUGUGAGUGUUUGUGUGUGUAUGCAUGAGGGCUAUGAAGAAUAUGAGUGCCUACAUUUUACUGUCUGUGCACUGUGUGUGUGUGUGUCUGUAUUCACAUCAUACUCCAUUCAAAAUGUCUUCAUCCAACGUCAGAGGCACAGAGGUGUGAAGAAAUUAUAACAAAGGACAAGAAAGACACAUACAAGAGAGAAAUCCUCUGCCACCACCACUGGCCUCAGUGGUGCGAGUGUUCCUGGCUGGAGGACACUGACAAGUUGUCAAUCAUGUGUAUGCCAGACCUUUGCCAUCUCUCUCUUUCUCUCCCAUUGCCAGACAGUCAUAAAGCAACUCGAAGAAUGGAAUAUGUCUUGAUACAUAACCUCUGACCGCUCUUUUUUUUACUUUUUCUGAUGAAAGGCUGAAGCAGUGUCUAAGGCAGGCAGAACGGAUAUUGCUCUAGGAGUAUACCAUUUGUACCUUCACUUCACUCCAGCAUUAUGAACCAGAUUUCAGCAGGAUCCAAGCAAGUUUACCUCAGUGACUCCAAUUCUGCUCCUGCAGAGUCACAGAUGAUGUAACAUUUUCUUCUAGCAGGGCAAUAUCAUACCAGUAAUAUAUUAAUUAGAAAAUUCAGGCGUUUGGUUGGUCCUGCUAUCUUAUCUAUGAGAAUAGGGCCCUUUAAUUCACCUUUACUCACCCCUUGGAACCUCUUCUUGUGUGGAAAUCUGGCUGAAAUCUACAUCACCCAUCAGAGUUAAUGCUGAGAACAAUGUUCCAUUCAUCUGAUUAUGUUUGUCCUAAUAUUUAACUCUUUGGACAUGAGAUAGGACCUCUAGGAUUAUUGUGUCCAUGUCUGUAAAACACAGGAUUGCCUGCUGAGAUAAACUGUGUGCAGUUAGUAGAAAUACAGACAUAUAGAAUGGAGCCCCCCUUUGAUUUAGCCUCAGGAGAUAAAAUGAGAUUACACUCUGUAUAGAAACAGAUUUGGCAGUAGCAGGGGACAGUAGAUAAUCACAGACCAGGAUCCAAGAAAUUGAGAGGCUAUGCUAGAUUGCACACUUAUUAGCCUACACAUAUGUUGUGUGUCUCAGUGUAUGUAUCUGCAUACUGAUGGCGUGUAUGGGCUAGCUCAUUGCUGAACUGUCUAAAAGCCUGCCAGAAUAUCAAAUGUAUUCCCCCAAUUCAUUUAUCACUACUGCUCUGGCCAUACACCGGUCCACAAAAACAUACCCACAGUCAGUCAGUGGCCUCCGGGAGUUUUCUAACUGUUGAAUCGAUCCGGCUGCUCAUAUUCUUGGUGUCCUUCGACAACCUUGUGAAUGUCUCAUCUUUGACUGCAAAAAAUGGAUCCUUCAGUGGUGAAUUAGGUUUAGAAUAAAAAGGGCUUGGGCAUUACAAAAGCUUGGUACUUGGAGGUGUUCGAACAGUAGGCUUAAACACAUUUUCAGCUAGACCUUAAAUGACUUUAACAGGAGGGUUGGGCAAGGAUGGUGGGUUUAUUCUGUACUUUCUCUAUGCACAUUAAAAACUCCCAGCAUGUCAGCAGUGAGAUAAUCAAACCAAAACAAUGACAUUAUCAUGUUAUCCAAGCAUCAAAGAUGCGUUUCUGGGAAUACUUCAUUUGGGGAUGGGCUGGGCGAAAGUGAUCUCAUUGAGUUCACAUUUCUGGCCAGAUGGUUGCUUAUUCCUGUCUCUGGAUCUGUUGGUUUUGUUUACAGUCACCAAAUUUUCUGACUCUUGUCUAUUGACCCUGCUUAGCUUAUGUAAUCAUUUUAUCUGCAAUACAGCUGCAUGUUUAGCAACCACCGUCAGCUUGUAUAAUAGAGUGCAACCUUAGCUGAUCAUUCUGAAUGCUGAUGUGUUUACAGCCUAUGCCAUCCAUUCAGUCUCUUACCUUCAGUGUGUAUUUGUUUGUGAAUACGAUGAUUCAGGGUAUUUUUCGCUCAGUUGCUGUGCUUUACCAAGCAAGCUAUUGCUUUAAAAGAAAACAAAACCUUUACUGUCACAGAUUUUGACACUUGUCUUCCUCAAAAUGAUAUCAGUGGUGAUGAUGCAGGAGGGCUGAGAUGGGAGUGAGAUGGGAAUUCACUACUGCAGUCCCUGUGUAUUCACUGUCAAUGUCAAUCACACAGUAUGGCUGCCAUCCUGUGGUGGGUUUGUGUAACUACUUCGCAAAAUAAAUUGAAGUUGUUUCAGUG